UCGGAUCAUGAUUUUUUGAAAAUGUAAAUGAUAAAAAAAUACUUCAAUCGCAUAAUAUUUAUCGCGCACAAAACCAAAAAAUAAUUCAAAGAAACAAAAAUGCAUUUUUCAAUUCCCGAAACCAAAGAAAUCAAAAACGGUUUCAAAACAUUUAUUACGUAUCAAAUUUAUAUAAAUGGAUCAUUCCAUUGUUCGCUAAGAUAUCGACAGCUUUAUCAUUUUCAUAUUCAGCUCAAAAAAGUAUUUGGUGCAAAUUCAUUGCCCAAUUUUCCGCCUAAAAAAUUUUUUCCAUUAAAUUCACAACAUAUCGAAGAGCGACGAUCACAGCUAGAAAAAUAUAUUCAAAUCGUAAGCCAAGAUUCACAAAUAAUCAACAGUGAUAUUUUCAAUGGUUUCCUUCUGGCAGCUCAACAAGAAUCACAUAACAAUGAUGAUGACAACAACGACAACAAUUUGGAUAUUUAUCAAUUAGAUUGGCAGCCAAUUCGAUUGACGACUAAUGGUCAAGAAAAUAGUGAAAAUGUAUUGCGAAAAUUUUGUCAAACAAUUCAAAUGAAUUCGAAUCAUGUACCAUAUUUUGCAUUAUUUUUAAUCGAACGUUUUAUCAUGAUUGAUAAUAAUGAUAAUGAUAAUAAGCCAAAACAUUUUCGUAUUAUAAGACGAUUACAAAAUUUCGAAUCACCAUUAUUAACAUUACGAACAAUUCAAAAUAGAAUGGUUACUUCAAAUCAACAGCAUAAUAAUAUUAUAAUCAUUAUAUAUAAAUCAUAUUUUAAUAUUGAAUUUGAUCAGGAUUUAUUUGAUGAUCAAAUUGCAUUGAAUUGUAUAUUUCUACAAACUGUACAAGAUAUUGAAAAUGGUCAUAUUGUUUGUAAUGAUCGUGAUACCAGAAGACGAUUAAAUCAUUUGAAAAUCAAACAAGAUAAGCUGGAGUAUAUUCGAUUGGCAAGGUUACAAAAAUUUUAUGGCUAUUUUCAUUUUGAAUCAUGUUAUUGUGAUCUACCAUCAAUGCCAGCCAAAACGAAUGUAACAAUUUUCGCUGGUAAUCAAGAGCUUAUAAUUCGUGUGGACAAUCAAGAUCAAGAAUAUAGUUUUCGUAUAAUUCGUAUAAAAUGUUGGAGAUUAACAACAUCGACUGCGAAUAAUAAUAAUAAUCCACAAACAGAUUUGGAAAUUUUGGAACAUGAAGAAUCAACAACACAGGAAAAAGGACGAUUUGAAUUAUCAUUCGAAUAUCUAAUCAAUAAAGGAACUUUACAAUGGAUUACUAUUUACAGUUCACAGGCUGUUUUAAUCAGUUAUUGUUUGCAAAGUAUGGUCGAAGAAAUGUUGCUGAAACGUGAAGGGAAAAAAUUCCGUUCCGAAGGUUUGACCAUCCGAUAUAAUACUAGCCCAAAUUUACGAUUAACUAAUUCAAAUCAAAUUGAUGAUCAACUAACCUUGACAAACAUUAAUGACAACAAUUUAACAACAUCAACAACAGCGAAUAAUGAUAAUAAUUUUGAAUGGAAUUAUUAUAAACAAGAUGGAUCAUCAACAAAAUUUCCAUUAUCAACAUCAUCAUCGACAACAACAUUGACAAGUGAAAAAAGUCAUUGUAGUAGUAGUGAAAAAAGUAUCCAGCAUAAUGAUCAAAUUGAACAAAAACCAAAUGGAAUGACCGAUCCAUUAAUGUUACAGCAACGAUUUCAAGAAAUAUCGAUUGUUGAGAAUAAUAUUUUCGAUGAAAUUGGUGAUGAUGAUUUGUAAAAAAACAAUGGACAAUCUUUUUUUUGAAAAAU